AGAUACCUCUCACCUCUGCUACUCUUGAAGAGUCAUGCUUUUAUUUCUUGUUCUACAAUCUUCUUUCCGCUUUUAGUAUGAAAAAAGUACACGUUUUCCAGCCAUUUGUAAAGCUCUGUCAUCUUCAUCAGUGCGAAAGAAUGUAAACAGGUGUGGUAGCUAGGGUUUUACUGAACAUAUACAUCAACGUUGACGAUACAAAAGCUUGUUAUCUCAAACAAAGAGUUGAUUUUGGUUGCGAGUGUGAAUUUGACGCUCGGAAGAUGAACGUAGUGGAAAGUUAUAUGCGGGAACUGCAUAAGCUUACGGACUGUGAAAAUUUGUGCUGUGACUUUGGGAUGAGUGUGGAAGUUGAACAAUGCAGCUCGGAAGAGCAGUUGGAAUCGGAGGAAACCAGAACCACUGCAGAGAUCUUAAAUGAUUCGAGGCUUACUUAUACUAAAGCAUUCAUGUUAUCAUUGUCUAACCUGCAUAUUUGUAAAGCCUUGCCUGAAGAUUUUGAUCCAUCAGCUUUACAAGAUUCAAGGCUUACGUACACUAAGGAAUUCAUGUUAUCGUUGUCUAACCUGCAAAUUUGUAAAGACUUACCCAAAGAUUUUGAUUCAUCAGUUUUGCGAUAUUCAAGGCUUACGUACACUAAAACAUUCAUGUUAUCAUUGUCUAACCUGCAAAUUUGUGAAGACUUGCCCAAAGAUUUUGAUCCAUCCAUUUUACGCGAACUUGAUGGUUUAUCUGAGUGUAAGCUGGGAAUGCAACAAACAUCUACAAUCCUACCCCCAUAUACUUCAAACAAUUAUUACACUGGCUCAUCACCUGUUCUUAGAUGUGAUUUGGUUGCCGAUUCUCGAUUAUGCUGUGGGAGAUGGGGAAAACAAGUUUCACAGGGAUGCUGUGAUUCAGAUUCCAGGGCGCAGAAUGAUUGUUCUGGGAUUUUGGGAUCAUUUCUUAGUAAGAGCAAGAACCCUUAUCGUCCACCACAGUAUUACAAGGUUGGCGGUUCCAAUUCAUAUGCUAGCCAUUCAUCUAAAGGAACAAAGUCUCUGACUAACACGGACUGUACUGUUCAAGAGGAUGUACAAUCAAAAAAUGAUACUUUUCAAGAUGAUGUACUUGGGAAUAAAAGUACUCAUUGGAGAAAGCAGAUUGCAAACUUAUCUGAAGCCCAAAAAUCUGUCAUCAAGUUUGUGGAUGACGAGAAGUCACAUUGCAAAACACAUGGUUCUAUUAAUGGUGCCAUCACUACUCAGCAAGAACAACUUCUUGAUUCUGAACCUAAAGCAUCAAUUGCGAUUAUUAAUCUGGAAGAAUUUGAAACAAGACAAUUUGGAGAGUCACUAGAGAAGGAAGUAUCACUGCAACAUACUGACUUUCCUGGCAUUGAAACAAGAUGCUUGAAGGGGCCAUGUACUGGUAGAAUGGAGAAUGGUAUUCAUACAGCCAACAUUUUAGCAGCAGAAAGCCAUCAAAAUCUUAAAUUGAAUUGGGAGUCCAAGGAAGAUUUUGAAACUGAAAUCAAUAAUGAGUUGCUCUUAGGAGAAGCAUUCUUUCCUUCACAGGAAAAUUUGUAUGAGAGGAUAUCUAAAACCAAAGAAUUACAGCCCAAUGAAUUCUUCUUAGCAUCAGUUCUCAGCGAUUGUGGAGCUUUUGAGACAGAUGGUGAAGGCAUCGCAGAUUCUAUCUUUGAUUGUGAGCUUGAGUUGGAUGAGAUCGAGGAGAGUGAAUGUCCUUUUGAUGAUUUUUGGACUGAAAUAUUGGAUGUUAUUCAUUUGGAGCAAGAAUCUAGGGACAGUUACUCAGCUGAUACAGUUAACAUAACUGAAUCUGAAGUUCCACUACAUAUACAGGAUGAAGAUGAAUUGGAUUUGCUCAAUUAUCAGGAAGAGCCAAAAGAUCCCAAAAUCGCUAAUGUGGACACUUCUAUUGAUUUAGAUAUUGUGGAAGAUGAAAUCAAUUUGCCUGAUGAGGACAGUUUGAUUUCUGUUGACCAUCUUUUGUCCCUCUCAGACCAUUGCUCAGAGGUAACUUUUGUUGGUAGAACUGAUAGAUUGAAGCCUAAUCUCACUUCUGACAGUACUGGACACCCAGAAGUUGCUCAUUGUUAUGAGAAAUCCUUUCUACCUGGUCGGAAAGUUUCAAGCUCUGCAACCUACCGGAAACCAUAUCCCCAUCAGAUCUCUUCUAAGACCUCGUGUAUCCUUGUUAAUCCAGAAAUUCCAACUUUUCAUCCAUUGGAUCUUUAUUUUACUUGCAGUCAUUUCAAGAAUAUAAGAGAAGAAAAACAUGGUCAUUAUUACCCUCCUGCAAUAUAUUUUUACCCUUGGUCUAAAAUUCAUCACGAGUCUUCCAUGAAAAUCGCACCUGCCAUGGAAAAGAAAUAUGAACAUCUUGAACGGUAUCCAAUGUUGUAUCAGCCAGAUAAUUCUCUUCAGCAAAUGGAAUUGCUACGUGAAUCACAAGCAGAUCCUAUUGAGCAUGUCGUUUAUGAUGUUGUACAACAAUGGGAUGACAUGCAAAAAUUACCUGAGACUUAUCAUCAACAAUUAAACUACCCCAGAUUUGGAUUUCCAAUAUGAAGUGAGGUACCUUUUCCGACCCUGUUCUCUUACCUCCAAAUUAUACAUAAGACCCUGUCAUAGGAGAAAGACAGGAACUUGUAUUUAUUUGGUCAUUCUCCAUCCUUGAUACUGCAUGCAAACAUCUUUUCCUUUUAUCUGGACUGUUUAAAACUUGUCAUUCUCCAGCAAUGGGAAUUGAUUCCACCACCCAAACCCAACGAGCGGGAAAAAGAGUUUGAAUAAUUACUCAAUUUCUCUUCAUCAUUGCAAUGUUUCCAAAUUUCGGUCAGAAGAAAGUUCAAAUGCCCUACUCUAGUAGUUUCUUUCUCCCAAUUACCAAUUGUUUGGGACUCCUUUCGAAAUUCCAAAGGCUAUGAUAACUUAAUCAUCUGGGCAGUGACUUCAGGUUUUGCCUUCCAUACUUAUCUCAGCUACUUUUCGCAUUUUCUUUUGUAUUAGGAAAGGUAAAUGUUUAACUGAAAAAUACCAAGAACAUUUCAACUAUAUAUCCCUGUUUAAGCGGUUAAUAUGUAUCUUCUAUAAGGUGUAUAUAAGUAGUUACAUAUCUAGCGUAUUAUGACAUAUGAUUAGUACUGCUUCUAAUCCAUGUUGCAUUUAGCAGUCUCUGAAUUUCUUCUCAAGAUCAGUCAUUGCUAUGUAGCACACGUUAUGAUGAAGAAGAAAAUGAGACAUUUAUGUUAGCACCAUGUAAAGCAUAAGACCAUCUUCUCAAUAAGUUUCAACUGUAUCAACUGUAAUGUCUUUAUUUUAGUUUCAUGCUGGAUGAAGAUGUUCAAAACAGCUUCAGCCUCAAAUCAUAAUGCUAUAAGCAAUUGCCAAUACGUUAGCAUGCCUAUUCUUUUGUUUUUCUAUUUCCAUCUGCUAGAUUCAUCUGAAGACAAAGAUUUCAAGGUCCUUAUCAUACUGCAAAUUAUCCAGAUGCUGCUGAUGUAUAACCGGAAGCAAAAAGGAAACUCAAUUGCAGCUAUCUAACUUCCAGUCUCUGCAGCAAAGAAUGCGCCGUAGAAUACUAGUAUGUAGUAGAUAUGAUCAUUUUGAUGGAGUGCGCAAUUGCUUGCUGACAAUAAUUGCACAGAUCUCACCUCCUGCUAAAGUUUGUAGAUAACACCCUCAUUAGGUUUGGACAGAAAGGCAGCUUGCAGGCACUUGUUUUAGUAGCAAAAGUAACUGACUAUAGGAUAACACAACAUUCAUCAGGAUGUUAAAUAAAUCAAACUUCAGUUCUUAUCUCUGGAUAUCAAUGUCUUGAUUCAUACCAGUUACCAGUAUAUGUAAACAUACUAGAGUUGAACGAUUUCUGCAAUGCAAUUAACAAGUUCUUUGUCUUUUAAACUAA